AACCUUUUCUUCAGUAGUACCGUUCCCCGGACCUUUGUCACAUUUUUUCGGAACUCUUAUUUAAUAGGCAAAUUAUAAAUUAAAAUCAAGCAAGCAAUCUUUGUCAUUCAAAUGGGCAGCGUUGGCGACGAUUGCAACGAGCUGAAGCAGCAGUACGACGCUUGUUUCAACAGCUGGUUUUCGGAGCAGUUCCUAAAAGGUCAAACGGAUGACUCAGCUUGCGCGCCGAUUUUCCGGGUCUACCAGGAGUGCGUCAAGCGCGCUAUCAAAGAGAAGAAGAUCACCUUGCGGGAGAUGGAUCCGAUCUUUGAGACGAGUUCCGACGGGGACAGUGCCACCAUUUCCGAUGGAAAGCAGCAGCAGAAGGCCAAGAGCUGACCUCUAGAUGCUGCUCACAAAAACCAAGAAAAUGGGCAGCUAGAGCACCAACUCCAGACCAUCUAUAAGGAAUAACACCCAGCGAAUCCUCGCCAGCGUUUAAUAGCUUAAAACCCAAGUAAACGGCACAAGUUCGUAGCACUUUGAUAGUUAACAUUACAUUUGACAAUGGACCACUGAUUAUUCAAUAACAAAAACUGUCUUAAUACAUUUUA